UGCAGCGUAAGGUUUCCUGCACCUGUGGAUGAUCUCAUCCCCUGUAUAUAGAUGGUAUAUAAUACAAAAUGCAUAGCAGUCACAUGCAAAACAGAAGCAAAGAGAGGGGGUGGAGAGGCGGCGCGUGCAGCAGGAAAUCGGUAGUCAUCACGCUCCCAGUACAGAUGAUUUUGAAAAGUACGAUUUCAAAAUGAUUCUCCCAAACUGAGUGGGAAUGGAGGGGUCAGGGGACAUUCCCGGCACCUGUACACCAGACGUUGGACUGCUGGCUACCUGGCGAUGGAGUAAAAAUGCAAAGGAGCAAGUCCAUCUGAAGCAAAAGAUAAAGGAUUUACCUGCACUGCUGAAACAUGGAUUGCAUUUAAGGAAGAAAACUGCGGAGACAAUUGUAGUUCCAGAUGCCACUUCAGGCCCAGGGACAGGAAUUUCAAAAUGGAAGGCCUGCUCUCAGAGUUUCCCAUGCGCUGGAAGAGCCCUGAGAAAUGCUUUUGUUGCUGCGAGCCCUCAUCCUGCAAAAGACCAAAUUCAGCUGGCCCGGAUUAUAAGGAGAAGCUAUGUUGGGUUGGAGCUGGUUGAGUGGAUCCUGCAGCAGUGCCUGUUUAUCCAAUGCAGGGUUGUUGCUGCGGGGAUCUGGCAGAUCCUGCUGGAGCUGGGGAUUCUGCUUUCAGUUGACCAGAACAAUGUGUUUGAAGAUGCUAACGCUUACUACCAAUUCUCCUAUGAGGAGUGUGACAUUCAGGACUGUCCGUUCCGAAACGAGCAGGAGUGGCACAAUGGGGUUCGGCUUCUCAUGCAGCUGGUUCCUUAUGUUCAGUUCAGGAUCGCUGUCGUCAAUCAGCCAGAGGAAGAAACGGAGGAUAAAAAACAAUUCUGUAAUGAAGUUCUUCAAAUGAAAGCACUAGAACGCUUAACAUCUACGGUGCAGAACGAAUUAGCAGCUGCUCUUGCACGGAAAGCAAGGAAAUCAUUGACUCAGGAAGAGGAAAUAAAUGAUUCAGUUGAAGCUGUGCCUGAUGAGCCCGUAAACCCAGCUAAUAAAGAAAAGCCAGGGGCUGUCUGCACUCUUCACGAUAGGGAUGAUAUCAGCCGGAUCGAAAUGGUUCAGAGGCUGGCCAAGGACAGCUGUCGAUUCCUGCAGACUCCAAACAUCAAAGUACCAGACAAAACCUUUGAGAAUGAUGAAGCAAGCAGAGUGUGUCUGAAGGAACGAGGCCAAGACGUCCUGGUGCUUCAGAGGGUGUCAUCAGAGUGCCAGGCCCCUCCAGCUUCAGCAGGAGGAGGAGGGAGGGAGGAUGAGAAAGACAGGAGGUACGUGGUGGUGUCUGGCACCCCCGAGAAAAUUCUGGAGCACCUGCUGAGUGACCUGCAGCUGGACGAGAGCCAGGGACCCCAAAGCAAAGAGACUGAAACUCUCCUGGAUGACUUCUUGCUGACAUACCUGGUUUUCAUGACAACAAAUGACCUGUGUGAGGCACUGAUGAGGCACUAUUGCUCUAAGAGAUACAGGGGCAAGGAAGAGACCUCCGACGCUCUGUUCAGAAAACGCAAGGUGCUUCAUCUGGUGUCCCAGUGGACAGCGCUCUACAGAGAUGUGUUACGGGAUGAUGAGCAUGUGAAAUUAUUUAUAAAGACCCUGUAUAGAUAUGUGCUGGAUGACCUCUACGAAUAUCCAAGUUUGGAAAAGGAUUUGAAGGAAUUCCAAAAGCUCCUUCGAAUUCAUCGCAGGCACACUGUUGAUGAAUACUCACCACACAGAAAGAAUAAAGCCCUCUUCCACCAAUUCAGCUUGAAAGAGAAUUGGCUCCAGCACAGAGGGGCGCAUAAUGAGACAAAGGAAGUGUUCUGCCGGGUGUACAUUACGAACCAUUCAUACCUGAGUAUCAUGACCAGCUUGUCUGCCACGGCCCAGGAGGUCCUCAAAGCGGUGGCUGAGACGAUGGAGUAUGCAGAAGAGGAGCUGGCAUUGGUGACAGUGACCUUCCCUGGAGAAAAGCACAUUCUGCAGCCUCGUGACAUUGUUCACUCAGAAUCACUCACAGCAUCUGGGCGCCUGCUUGUUUGCCAGAAAGAUCUUUGUGAAAUACUGAACCCAUUCACUGACAAUGAGAAGAUGCAGCACAGAGCUGUGAGAAUGCUGGGAAUGAAUACCUGGGACGUGGCUCUCGCACUGACGAACUUCGACUGGAAUCUGUUCAACUCCAUUCAUGAGCAAGAGUUGAUUCACUACACGUUCAGCAGGCAGGGCAGUGGGAGGAACACGGCCAGCCUGGAUCUGCUUCUUCAGAGAUGUAACGAGGUUCAGCUGUGGGUGAUGACGGAAAUACUCCUCUGUAGUCUGCUCUGCAAACGAGUGCAGCUGGUCAAGAAGUUCAUAAAGAUUGCAGCUCAUUGCAGAGCUCAGCGGAAUGUUAACUCAUUUUUUGCCGUCAUAAUGGGACUCAAUAAUGUAGCUGUCAGUCGACUCAGCCAGACGUGGGAGAAAGUUCCGGGAAAAUUUAGGAAGUUGUUUUCAGAACUUGAAACAUUAACAGACCCUUCGCUAAACCACAAAGCCUACAGAGAUGCUUUCAGAAAAAUGAAACCUCCAAAAAUCCCUUUUAUGCCUCUUCUACUGAAAGAUGUCACCUUUAUCCACGAGGGAAACAAAACUUUUCUAGAUAACCUAGUCAACUUUGAAAAGCUGCACAUGAUUGCAGACACUGUUCGACUCAUCAGACACUGCCGGACUGACCAGCUAGGACUUGACGGACCACAGAAAGACCACCAGGACGUGAAGACGUUCGUUCACCACUUACACGUUAUUGACAAUCAGCAGACACUGUUCGGACUGUCUCUCUCUCUGGAGCCUCGACUGUAGACACCACCCACAGGAGCAUUCUGUGUGUGUGUGUGUGUGUGUGUGUGUGUGUGUGUAUAAUAUAUACACACUUCUGUGCAAAAGUCUUAGACAUGGUGCAUUUUUCUACUCUGAUGCAUUAUGAGCAUCAAAAAUUU